AUGGCCAGCUACCGGUUACUGGUCCAACAGCUCAAUGGCAGUUUUGAUAGCUAUGCGUCCUUAGACGUCCCUCACGUAGACAACGAGGUUGCCGAUACACUAGCCAAGAUAGCAAGCGAUCCCCCAGGCGUCUCCCUCGAGCACUUGCGAAAGUCGUCCAUCAAGCCGUCUCCCGAUUCGGAAUCCAUCUUCUUCCCGGACGACCCCACGGCGCCCCUGCCGACCCGUGGAGAUAUCGACCCUAGCUUGGGGGAUGUCGGCUCCCCAGCGACCGUCGAUCCCGAUCCAGCCCCAGGGCUUGCCGGCUCCGGCCCGGGGGCUGCAGGCCUCGGCCCGAGGGCCGUCUGCUCCAGCUCGGGGGCCACCGGCUCUGGCCCGGGUAUUGCCGCCUUGGAUCCCGUCCAAGUGGCCGUCUUCACGGUGGUCACGGCUCUGUCCUGA